UUCGGAAAGGGCCUCAUCCGGUCGGCAGUUGCUUGAUCAUCCCAUCCCAUCUUACCAUACCCUAUCGUUUAUCGACAAUCCGAUCAUCUGGAAAGCACUUCUGAAACGCCAUCGCAUCAAGAAGAGGUUAAUUUACGGUACCUUUGACCGCAAAAUCCAGUACUUGAAAUGUCCAGCCCGUUCCCCUCCCUGCCCGAUCGGUCUUCCCCACCACCCUCGGCCCUCUCUAACUCGAACCCCAUGUCCGUCCCCAGUAGCUCGACGGGAAACCGAGUCGAGCUAGAUCCAUUCGCUCCUCUGCCUUUGCACCGCGACUCAAAGAAGAUAGAGGACGACGAUGAGGGCGAAGACGAUCAGGUAUAUCGUAAACAGAAUUCGGACCUAGAUCUGGAUUUAGGAGCCCCUCCUGCGUUCCACCAAACGACGCCCAACGGGCGAGGCGUCGGAAUCGUCAAUGGAAACGGGGGUGGUUACGGAAAUGGAACCGGGAAUGAAGUUGGAAAUGUUGAUGGAGAAUACGAUCAUGGAUAUGGAAGACCUUCCGACUCUCAAGAACAAGACUAUGCAGGACAGGUGGGCGGUAGUUGGCAGCCUACACAGACGCAGUGCAGUCCGCCCGUACAAGAUAGUCAGGAGCUUCCUAGUACUUUCGUGAAUCCGAAGUCCAAGUACUGGGCCAUCUUCACCCCCCUCUCACCGUCGGUGCCAGAACUGAAACUCUACUGGGACGCACCCCUUCCGGACCUUUCGUAUCACUACCCGAACUCGUCACAGAACCAGCUCUCUCGACCGCUAGGAGCCGAUGGAAAGGUGAGGAUAGGAAGAGGUCCGGCUCCGAAAUGGAACGAUCUAGCACUGGGAGCCAAGAGGAUCUCGAACAAGCAUUGCGUGAUAUAUCGGUUAGACGAUCCGGCGGAUUUGGGGAGGGACAGUGAGAUUGAUCUAGGGACCGGAGUCGAGCGAACGGACCAGGGCGGAUCAGGGUCGGACGGGAAAGGACCCGACAACGUCCUUGCCAUCAACCCUUAUCAACCACCUUCGAACGAACCGAUCGUCAUCAUACAAGACCUAGGCUCUUCCAACGGGACCUUUGUCAACUCGCAACGGAUCACCAAGAAACACGUCCUCAGGCACGGAGACGAGGUGUCGUUAGGGUCCGUGGGACCGGUCCCGCAGAUGAACCAUGAUGUCAGGUGGAUCUACAAGAGCGUGGGUCGACAGGGAGUCGGGGACGAGGGCAGGGUGGGAGAAAUCUUUGAGAGGUUUGUCUUCCUGGAAACGCUAGGAUCGGGUGCGUUUGCAGAGGUGAAAAAGGCUGCAGAGAUCGAUACCGGUCGGAUAGUCGCCAUCAAGUGCAUCACCAAGCACAAAUUUGCACAGAACCCCAAGACGCUCCAAUUGUUCGAGAGGGAGAUCUCGAUCUUGCAGAGUUUACAGCAUCCUAAUAUCUGUUCGUUUAUUGCCGUUGUGACGGAUCCUCAGCAUCUGUACCUGGUACUGGAAUAUGUCAGCGGCGGAGAUUUGCUGGAUUACAUCUUGAAGAAGGCGAGAAACCCAGGUCCGGGUCUACCGGAAUCGGAGGCGAUCUCGAUGACCAGACAGAUCUGUCAGGGCAUGUCUUACAUCCAUUCCAUGGGUGUCGCACAUCGCGAUCUGAAACCGGAAAACAUCUUGCUCGAUACAAUCCACCUGACCGAUGGGCUUCCGACAGCGAAAAUCGCCGAUUUCGGGUUGGCCAAGAUGGUUGUGGAAGGGACUGCUCUACGAUCACUGGUCGGUACACCGCAGUAUCUGGCUCCAGAGAUCGUUUGUCAGUCGGCGGCAAAGCCAGGAUACGAAUUUGUGGUGGAUUCAUGGUCAACUGGUGUCAUCAUCUAUGGCAUGUUGACGAAUAACAUGCCUUUCGACGAGGACCCAGAGGAACCGGUACACAUCCGGAUACGAAAAAGACUGGAUCAUGCGUUCGAUUCCGAUCUUCUCUUCGAUAUCGGUAUAAGCGAAGCGGGAAUCGACUUUAUCUCCCGGCUUCUCGAACGAGACCCUGCCGAGAGGAUGACGCUCACAGACGCACUGCGUCACGAAUGGAUCCUACCGCCUGGUGCUCGCCUGCCACAAGGCAACUACGACAACGACGACCGAUGGACGCGCGACUCGACCGCUGGACUGGUCGAUACCCCUCGACUCGAUCGAUUCGAAAGCAGCAUGCAGUCGACUGAUGACUUCAGUCAGCCGAUGCGAGGGCUGAACCUGCAGACGCCCGGUCGAUUGGCUCAAAACCGACGCAACUUUUUCUCGUUGGAUAGCAGUCAGGGGCAGUUGGCGGGGCAGUCUUCAGUAUUCGACGACCACGAAGAUGCGGUACAGGUCCCACGGGAUAUGUACGAUUCACAACAAAUGGAUUGCGAAGAGGAUGGUGCGCAGUCGGGGUCCGCUCGAGAAGCGGUGUCUCCUGUUGUUCCAUCAGUGGCACACAGCGACAGGGACGCUCAACGUCCCCGUACAGAUAUGCCAGCCUCUGUUCCAGACACACAGGCAAGGUCACAAGCUGCCGGAGCGAUCGUCGCCAGUGAACAAGGGGCAUCCCAGUUCCCCAAUUCGAUACCCGAUACGCAGGGCAAUGUUACCAGCUCGGCCGCUCAGGCAACAGGCGAACAAAUUGAAUAUGUUGGGCGAACAUCAAGCGGGCAGAUGGAUGUCGAGGUGGAAUUGCCUGGUCCGGAUGUCGAACCGGAAGAGCACGAACGCUUGUGCGGCGAUGGUGACGCCGACGACCAGGACAGGAAACGAAGAGAAAGCUCCUCCCCUUUGUCGUCCUGCCCGCCAUCACAAGAUCCAUUGGCUUUGGUUCCGGCAGAGCCACAAAACGGCAAGACGUCGAAACGCAAACAAGCGGACCAUCUGAUGAUCAAGACCGAUACUCCACCCGCUGUCGUUGCAAACCGUGACGAGGCUGUCACUCCAGAUACACCGGGAGUUGCCACCUCGACAACCACGAACGGACGUGCGCUGCGCUCGAGGAUGACCAGCCAUCAGCCUUCGAAACAAAAGGCGGAAGAGAUGGAAUCCCCUCGACCGAAGAAACGGGCUGCGACGAUAGGGACCCGGAGUCAGGUCGCAGCACCGGUGGUAGACGAUGUGAAAGCUUCCGAGAGUGGCUCGACUCGGACGAGGAGUUCGGCGAGAUUAAGAAAGAGGUAGUACUGCUGUGAGGUGGGAACGACAUGGGAUAUGAAUCUCUCGCAGGACUCUGGAGACCCAGCCAGAUGCAUGACAUAACGACUGGAAGAUCCGUCUCGCCCGCGAGC